AAGUAUGAAACGAGAAUACAGGCCCUUAUCAUUGUUGGCUGAAUAAAGCUGAGGAUACCAAUUUUUUUAGUAAAGAUGGAAUCUUCUUGCUUCUUCCUGGUGCACUCUUCGAGGACUCUCUAGAAUCAGACUGCAGUCCUGUCACUAUGCUCAAAAAAGCAAAAGCACUUCAGCAGAGGUAUCCUGCACUUCACAUUAUGUGUUUUCAGUCUAUCAGUUCAAUUUGCUCAGAGGCUGUUUGUACGCGUCUCCUGGAGAUUAUCAUGAAGGAAUACAUUACAUUCCCUGUUUUAUUGUCUAGCAAGAAUAUUUCUGAGUUACCAAAUGAGGCAUGCUACAUCAUAUUUAAAGAUUUUAAGAGUCCUUUGUGCUACCAUAAGAAGUAUGCAGACUUAAAGUUAAUUGAUGAAGCUAUCAAGGAGUUAAAUUUGCAGCACAAUGAGAAACCUAAGCUGAUCCAUAACUUGAAAAGCACUUGGGUAAAGCAAAUUGAACUCAUAAAGGAACCUUAUGUUUGUUCUACCUUUCGGAACUUACUCCUUUACUUCCCAGGUUGCAUAUCUGUUGACGAAACUGGCAAUCGCUUGUUCUUAUCAGACACCAAUCAUCAUCGGAUAAUUAUCUUUGACGGCAAUGGGAAGAUUUUAGACUGUAUUGGUUCUUCUCCUGGUUUUGAGGAUGGAGAGUUUGAAUCAGCCAAGUUAGUGCGUCCUGCAGCUUCAUUUUAUCAGGCUGCGGAGGAUUGCUUAUAUUUUGCGGACUCAGAGAACCAUGCCAUCAGGAAAGCUGAUCUGGAGAGGAGAGUUUUGGAGACAAUUUAUCCUAUAUCUAACAGUAAUAAGAAGAAUAACACUCUAUGGAGCUGGAUCAUGGAUAAGUUUCAGAUGAAAAGUGAUGAUGAGAUGAAGUCUGAGGAUCUUGGUCCGGAAUCAUUUUUAUUUCCUUGGCAUGUGAUGAAAUCAUCGGAUGAUGAUAUUUUGAUUCUUAACCGCAGCUUUGAAACUUUAUGGAUAAUGGAUUUGGUCUCGGGGGUUAUCAAACAAGUUACCAAAGGAUUUCCAAAGAUUUUGGAGAUCUGUGGACAGGUGAUUGAGGAAAAAUUGUCCCUCUUGAAGCAGAUGCCAUGUGAUUGGUUGCAGCUUCAGGAUGGUUCUAAUUGUUCAUUGGAGGGAAUUCCAUAUGCUGAUUCCAUAUCCACGGUAGCAACCUUUCAUGAUCAUACAGUCAUUUGUGAUACAGUUUGCCAGAGGAUAUUGAAAGUGAGUAGAAAAUCUGGGUUGAUUUCAAGUUUCCAGUUCUCAAACUUUGGGAUCCUUGGUCUACCUUAUUGGUUGUCAUUUUCUUUGGAUAGGGUUUAUCUUGUUGGUGAUGUAGUUUCUGGAGUUGAGGCUGAUCAUAUUCAGAGUUUCAGUUUGUUGCCAGGUAGGAUUGAUAUACGGUUGAAUGUAGAUAUCCCAGAAGAUAUGGAACUUGUAGAGCAAUUACAAGAAGGUUGUGUAUGGCGCCAGGCUAGAGGGGCCGCUGCUGAAGUCUCGGUGGCAGAGAGCAGGGUAUCAUCAUCAGAGAAGGUUGGUGUUGCCCAAACGUGGUAUGAUGAGUUGGAUAACCUUGCAUUGUCAACUCCGGAUAUAUAUUUGAGUGCAGAAGAGGAAAGCAAAGCUACAGAUGAUAAAAAACAAGAGGGAAGAAUUGGUAUUAAUUGUGCUGUCAAUACAAGUCCAGGAACAAGCGAGGUCAUUGUUUGUGCGGCACUGUAUUUAAAAAUGAAACGGAAUCCCAAUUCUGGUGAGGAAAGUGGGGAAGAAAAAAUGGAUAGGCUAGCAAAUAUUUUGAACCUGAAGGGAAGUGGAAGGAUGGGAAGAGAUCCAUGCAUUCAGUAUUUAUUGAAGGCAAACGUGGAUCUGGGAGAAUUUAUCUUCAUGAGACCUCUACACGUGAAGCUAAAAUUUGAUUGCCGCGACCACCCAAAAGCAGAUAAUUUGAAAGAUAUUAUUUUAACAGACUCUUCUAUUGACAUCAAUGUUUCUCUUANUUAUUACUAG